AUGGCCGACCGGCACGAGAGUCCUGUGCCGGAUGAUCUGACACAGGAGGAGGCGAGCCGGAUCAUCCACUCGCACCGGAAAGUUCGAUAUGGAACCGCGUGCUGGCCGUGUCGUCAACGCAAAGUAAAGUGCGACAACAAGCAUCCGUGCGAGAACUGUGUGAAGCGCGACCACGCUCAGCUGUGCUCGUACAAGCCGAACCGGCCCUCGUCCUCGGCCAAGAAUACAUCGACGACAGCACCGUCUGAGGAGAGUCACCCGACCAAUGUGCCCAAGAAGCGGCCCUUCUCGCCCGACGAAAGCGACGGUCGGCGCACCAGUCGCGAGCCUUCGACCGGCAGCCCUAUCCGGGUCGACGCCGAUAUAAACGAGGUCUCCCGCUACCUGGGACAGAACAGCAUCCCGGCCCUGCUGCGAGAGCAAGGCACGCCGAACCACCAGGAAGAGGGGGUUGAAUACAUUCGGCAAGACAUGCGGUCCAUACUGGGGCUCGAUAACUCGGCCCCCUUCCCACUCAUGUCGUCGCGACAUCUGGACAAGCUGACGCUGGACAUCUCGUCCGAGCUCCCGUCUGACAGGGAGGUGAUGAAGCUCUUUGGCGCAUACAAGGAAAUUCCGCAUCCCUUCUGGGGCUUUGUGCUCGACAUCGACGACCUCGAGACCAAGCUUAUGGUAUAUCUGGAAGAGCGGGCAAAGAAUGCAAAAACGUUGUCGAAACCCACGAAACCCGUGUCGGCCUCCUGGCUGGCCAUACUCUUCUCGGUCAUGGCAGUUGGGUCGCAGUACCACGAUUCUCCAUAUCACAUCCGCACCCGUGACUCGCAGAAGUACAUUCAGAUCUCGUUUCACUUCCUGCGUCUCGGCAACUUUCUCCUCAGGUACGAGUCAUCCCUCUCGCGUGGCAACAGCAAGCCGUUCGUGCUGACAAGCAGGCCCAAUCUCGACUCCAUCCAGGCAUUGCUGAUGACGGGCUUUGUCCUGUUGAACGACAUGAAAGCAGAGGCUUCAUGGGCCCUACUUGGGCUCACGACCCGCCUUGCUCAGUCGCUGGGCCUUGACCGCGUGCAGAAUCUGGACGGCCGGGAGAGUCCGGCUCAACAGAAGAGGGAUCUUCUGCGAAGAACCCUAUGGUGGACGAUUGUGUGGCACGACUGUCUGACUUCACUGUCGUUUGACCGUCCGAUACCGCUCGGCCCGACGCCAUCCGCCGGCUGGAACUACCUGCAAGGAAUGUACCACUUGUGCCAGCUCAUUGGCAAGCGAUUGAGCCCAGAGGUGGCGGCAUCGGCAAGCUACACCCAGAUCUUGGACAACUGCAAGGAGGCGGAAGAGAUUCGGAGUAAGAUGAUCCCGCAGCUUCGCACAAAGGAGGCGUGUCGGUCUGCCCUCGACCGGCUGCACUACUUUGCCAUUCGUCUACACACUUCCUUUGUCGUGUCGGUCUGCUGCCGGCCAGCACUUCGGCGCAGCGACAGCAACCGACUCACGACUGAGCAGAAGACAUUCCUAGCGGAGAAAUGCAAGGAGAACCUGACGGAAACAGUGAGAAUGUUUCUGUCGAUGCACCAGUUGUCUGUAAUCCCGACACGAUCGUGGGCGUUUACGUACCAUGGGCUGUCCUCAGCAGUGCUUCUGGGCAUUUUAGGCGAGACCACGGCUGAUCUGGAAGUGCGCGGCCUGCAGGGUGACCUGAUCAACGCGCUCUCUGCUACGGCAGCCAAGGACAAGAAGUCGCCCCCAGUCUACAUCCACCGAACAGACCGCGACAUUGAGCUGUCCGGCCCUUUGUCUCGUGCUCUUGCGGCGCUCAAGAACAUCUACAAUCACGGGUCGAUUGCGGGCCAAACGACCAAAAACAACGACGGCAGUGGCAGCCUCUUGGCAGCCAAGAGCCUGAGUGGCAUUUCGACGGCCACGAGCAUAGGAACACCAUUGAUAUCCCACGGACAGCUUCUCCCCGGAGCAGUAGCGCCAGACGGAAAAGCGGCCAUUUCACUGAGCGGAGGACACACAAGUUUGGACCCGCACCAGGACGCCGCCCUGGCCAUGGCAGAGAUGCAGAACGGCGGGCUAGAUCUCGGCAUGUUCCCUCUGAUCCAGCAACAGGGAUCAGGAGACACGUUCCCCGACCUGAGCCACAUCGACCCUUCCACAUACAUGUCCCCAAUGGAUCUGUAUGAUCAGAUUUUCUGGGGUGAGCAGCAGUGGGAGAGUAUUUGCGAGGGUCUUUUCAUGGCUAACGGAGACGCAGAAAACCCGGAACAAUGGAAUAUGGAGCAAGACUCGAUGAACUUUGACUUUAUUGCUCAGCCGCCACCCGGACAGUCGCAGCAGCAAUUCUACUUCUGA